AUGAAUGACGCGACUACUUCUCUGCUCACUGAGCAUUUCAGUUAUACGCCCCUAUCCCUCAUAGACGACGUCAUAAACUCAAUCAACAACCUAAUAUACCAAGCGAUCUCAAGUCUCGAAUCAGGCUUGCUCGGUACACCCCCCGAACGCCUGGGCUUCUCGCACGCAAACAAUGGUUCUACCAUCCCUGACACCGACGAAGACGGGAAUGUGGUCUAUCCAGAGGCGAAAUUGGAAAUCGAAAAUGGCCUGCAUCAGCUGGAGACGUUGCUCGAAUCGACUGUCGACAAGGCAUAUGAUAAAUUUGAAAUCUACGUGCUGAGAAACAUUCUCACCGUACCGGAGGAUCUGAUUAGUUGGGUUCGAUUGAGGCACUAUGAGGGUCUUUCUUUCAACCCGGGCCCCGAUACCCCGACACCUGAGACGGUUCUUGAACACCGCAAAAAGUUACAUGAAACGAGAAAACUCAAUCGGUCACUGAAGCAAGAGCGUGCUCGCAAUGACGCCGUUAUUUCCCAAUUACGAUCCAUCCUUUCGACUGUGUCUGCUGCGAAAAACAAUGGGGAUUCCACGGCCACUGUAGGCAAAGACUUGGACAUUUCGUUCUUGAUGUCCAACCCCGCAGCGCAACAGUUACGCGUCGGUGCCGUUACCGGACCCAAUACUCACCACACCCCUCUUACGACCAACACCACCUUCAUCUUAUCGCAGCUCCCCGCCCUACAAGCGAUGUUGAAACAGCUUCGUCCCAAGCUGGCUACUCUACCGAAAUCAGCCGAAUUGGCGGAGAAAGACCCGAAGAGGGACGAGAGAAAGGAGUACAUUGAAAGCAGAAUCAGGCUUCACCUGGAGCGUGCCGGUCAACUGGCCGUGGGUAGUGAUGGUGAUCCCAUUGUUGCAGGACGACGAAUCGGCAACUCAGAAGCGCAUGCUCUCGAAGCCGUGACGAGCAUCCUUACGCAAGGGGACAAUAAGCCGGAGUAA